UUCUAAUUAAGAUAGACAAAGAAAAAGAUGGCGUCGUCUUCAUUGGAAGUAGUCGUUAGAACUAGCUAGGUAGCUAGUCACGUUAACGCUACUUGUUUGUGUGUAGUUGUCUAUCUUACAUCGAGGCGAGAUAGCGAGUCGGUUUAUUUUAGCGUACACCUCUUCUCAACUGAAUCAGCCCAAAGAAAAUAGCCGAUGAGCAUUGGGUUUGUAAAUAAGAUAUAGCCAACUGUUUGCCUCUCAAAGAGAGAGUUCACGGGCGGAAGAGCGAGGAUGGACCCUGCUCUGCUGAGAGAGCGUGAACUAUUUAAGAAGAAGGCUCUGUCCACUCCGACGGUAGAAAAGAGACCUGCAUCCUCUGAGGCCUCUGGCUCCUCCAAGAAAAAGAAGAGCAAACUCGACAAAGAGUCCUCCUCAGCAUCCAAAAACAACACAGAUUCCAGUAAUGGAACCUUCAAUCUCAAAGCCCUCUCUGGGAGCUCAGGCUACAAGUUCGGUGUUCUGGCGCGAAUCGUCAACUACAUGAAGACGAGACAUCAGAGAGGCGACACUCAUCCUUUAACCUUGGAUGAGAUUUUGGAUGAGACCAAACUGCUGGACAUCAGCAUGAAGCAAAAGCAGUGGCUCAUGAGUGAGGCCUUGGCGAGCAAUCCAAAAAUAGAUGUGCAGGACGGCAAAUACGCCUUUAAGCCCAAAUACCACCUGAAGGAUAAGAAAGCUCUGCUCAGGCUGCUGGAUAAGCAUGACCAGCUAGGCCUGGGAGGGGUCCUGCUGGACGAUGUGGAGGAGGGCCUCCCCAACGCGGCCAAGGCUAUCAAAGCUUUAGGUGACCAGAUCAUAUUCGUCACCAGGCCAGACAAGAAGAAGAUUCUUUUCUACAAUGACAAACACUGUCAGUUUGAAGUAGAUGAAGAGUUUCAGAAGCUGUGGCGUAGUGUUCCAGUGGAUUCCAUAGAUGAAGACAAGAUAGAAGAUUACCUGAAGAGACAAGGCAUCUCAUCCAUGCAAGAAACCGGACCAAAGAAAAUAGUGUCCAUUCAGAAGAGGAAGAAGCCAGGAACCCAGAAGAAGAGACGGUUCAAGACUCACAAUGACCAUCUGAAUGGAGUUUUGGAGGACUACUCAGAGGGGGUCCCUACCAAGAAGUGACACAGACAUGGCAACUUUAUCCCUCACACGAGAUAAAGAAUUCAGAAAGUGAAGAUUGGCAUCUGUAUAUUUCCCCUGGUACCCUGUGUCUGAUCAGAACUUUCUCAUUGUCUCUCUGUUUGUCUCACUCACACUCUCACAAAACUAACAGAAACAAUACAAAUGUGAACUUACUGUAAAUAGUUUUUCUUUUAUUUGUUUCUAUUUUGUGCCUGUGCUUUAAACAGUAUGUUGAAGCCUCUUUUUUGUUUUAGAAUAAAACUCUUGAGUGAAGAAAGUGAAUCACAUUUUUGCCUCUCCUUCAGUUCUGUUUUUGUGUUUUUGUUUGUUUUUAUUUAAAAAAUUUUUAAAUUUUAUUUUAAUGUCUUGAUUGACUACUGCAGUGAUGGCAGACAUACUUUAAUUUUUCAACUAUUCAGUCACUGUUAGGUACAUGAGCUAUAGACAGCUGGAUCAGGCUCCUCUGAAAUAUUUUAAUUAUAUUUAGAGAUUAAGUGAAAGGAUAUGAGGAGACCGUACUGUGUACACGCACGUGUACACUGGCAAUCCACACUUUCACACUUCUGUACACACCCCUCACCCGUUUUUGUCUGCUUUUCUGUUCUGUGUCUGACUGAUGAGAAAGGUGGAGUUAAAAAUGGGUUACCGCUCACUGAUCACCACCGUGCCACUGUGGGUAACACUGCAACAGCAUUGCACUGUUUGAUUUUAGCAGCACAUUCAGUCUUUUUUGUAAUGCUACACAGAUGUAACGAACAAAAUAUUGGCUGAAGUAAGAAUGCACCAGUAAGGCAUGUUGUAUGCAGUGAAGUGAGAAAUGUAAGUGAUGGUGAAAAGAUUCUGUCACCAGUUGGCUGCUUAUGUGACUUCAGACCACGAGCACACAAGCUCUGGUUCUGGAAGGUCAUGUUUCACAGUCUAGUGUUUUUGGUGCUUUAAAGCAUCUGAUGUAACCUACCAGCUGGAGACCUGCACCAUGCAUAAUAUUUAAGUGAGUGUGUGUGGUGGGGUUGGGGGGGUCAUGUUACUUUCUACACAUGGUCUGAAAGUCUGAAAACAAGCCUUUCGUAGUAUGAAAACCGAAAGCAGGAAAUCAUACUUCUGUAUAGCGAUGGUUAUAAGCAAGAAAACAACUUCUUGUAUAGGGAUGGCAAAGUUCUAUUUUUAAACUCUAGUCAGUUACGUACAUGAGAUACAAGUAGAUCUAGUCAUUGAGUUUGUCUUUUAUGACUGAUGUGCAUAGUUAGAAGUGACUUUUCAAACCUUGUGAGAAAGUUUUCCAGUGAUGCAAUUAAAGGUCCUAGACACACU